CGCCGCGGAAGGGUAAGCAGCAGCGGUCGCUCCCGUUUCUGCACAGAGGUCGCUUGAUAUACAAAUGCAGAAUGGCGUUCUUGUUCCCUGCCAGAUGCCUAGUUAGCAGCAGCACAAGAAUAUGUGGAGAAAAAAAAAAUGUAGGGGUGGUAGUAGCAAACAGGAACUAGAGAAAUAUCAGUAUGAAUGCUUAGAAGGUGUGACACAAUGAAAUAUAAGGCUUAGCAGGCUAUGGAUUCUGAAUCAAAGAACAGUUUCAUAGGAAGCUUUCUUCAGCCACCAGAUAAGAUGCUUCCUGCAGCCUUUGCUUAUAUAGAAUCAAAGAAGUUGACAGCUGUUGGUGGUGACAGGCUUUCUACCCCCAAUAACCAAGCUGUGGUGGCAGCCCUGAAAACUCUUCAGGAAAAGAUCCGCCGUCUAGAGUUGGAGAAGUCACUGGCUGAAGACAAUCUGUGCAGCCUCUCCAUAGCAGCUUCUCAGUAUAAGAAGGCCUUGGAACACGUAUCCUACAAAAAGGACAUAGCACAUCAAGAACUGAUGCAACAGAGGAAAGAUAUAAGUAUGCAGUUAAAUGCAGCACAGUCUCGCUGCUCCCUGCUGGAGAAACAGCUGGAUUACAUGAGGGAAAUGGUUUCCAGUGCAGAACUGGAAAAGAAAAUGGUUUUAGAACAACAGGCCCAGCUUCAGAAAGAGGAAGAUCAGAACCGGUUGCAACUGCAUGCAAAACUUGAAAAUCUCAAAAUGCUAGAAAAAGAGUGUCUUAAACUUACUGCUACUCGUAGGAUUGCAGAAGACAAGAUCAAACACUUAGAAGAAAAUCUUCGUAAAGAAGAGCACCAGCAUAAGCUAAUACAAGACAAAACUGCUCAGCUUCAAACAGGAUUUCAGAUAAACAGAAUUUUGAUGUCUUCAGUAACAUCUCAAAAUGAACAUAAAAAGCAAAACAGGAAGAAGAAAAAAACUAAGAAGAGAAAUCCUACGAUGAAGAAAACACAUCUUUCACAAUUACAUGUAAAGGCUGGUGAACUACCUUUUGUGGCUGGGAAAUCUGUCAGCUCCAGCCAUUCUGUUAGUGCAAAUAUACAAAGUGUGUUGUAUAUUAUGAAGCACCGCAAUCCACGUAUUUCAUCACGAAGCCAAGGAGGAGCUACGUCUGGGAUUUCAGGACACAGUGCACUUUCAAAAUAUGUAUCCUCUUGUUCCGCAUCACCUACCACCACCAGAAGUCUUUCGGACCUUCUGUUGGCCAUACAAGAUGAGCUGGACCAAAUGAGCUUUGAGCAUCAAGAACUUCUGAAGCAAAUACAAGAGACUCAAGACUCCAAAGUUCGUGAAGAUCUGGAACGGGAACUGAAAUCCCUUGUAAAACAAAUAGAGAUUAAAGGAGAACAAAUAUCCAAGCUGAAAAAGCAUCAGUCUACUGUGCAGAAAUUAAAGAGAAAAACUCAGAAAAUGAAGCAAGGGGCAGCUCAUGUCAAACUGAAGUGUGGUGACCAAAUGGAAGCAAAAGAGAUUGCACUCACUGUAAUGGAAAGUAUGUCUAAAUCUUGUCCUGGACAGAAAAGCAGAAGCUCUCUUCAGCUGCUAAAAAAUGUGCAGAAACUUCAGUCAACACUGAAAAAAGAUGAUAUCAUGUGGGAACAAUACUUCUGAAGCUUACUGUGUUAGAAGUUUUUGAAGUUGUCUGACAGCUAGUAGAUUUUUAAUUUCACAAAAUACCUCUUAAAAAAAAAAUAAAAACUGUUUAGUAGGUCAGUUUGUUCACCUCAGAAUUAACUUUCAUAUAGGGUAGCUAUAAUUCAACUACACUGACUUGUAAUAAAGUGGGGUUUUGGAUUAAUGAAAUGCUUGCUUAUUAACUUGCCAAAUAAAAAUUGUAUACCUUUUUUACACUUAAAA